AUGAAUAAUAGACAAUUACCAUUUGCCGAUGCUGCUACAAUAGGUAUGUAAGACGUAAUUCAACUUAUAUUAUAUACUAACAUUAGUUUAGUAAGAGCACAUCAAAAAGAUGCUUACUUUGAAUCCUCAUAUAGAAAUCAAAUUCAAGAUUUAUUUCAAAUUUUAAAAGGUCAAAGAUUUAUAAAUAAUUAUCCACAGGAAUUAACUGUUUUAUCAAAAGCUUUAUAUUUAUUCUUAACUACUUUAAUAGGUGCUAGAACAUUAGGUGAAGAAUAUGUUGAUUUAAUUUAUGUUUCAAAAAGUGGUAAAAAAUUACCAAAAUUUUUAACAAGAUUUGGAUUUAUAAUAUCUUAUGCGAUAAUACCGUAUUUUAUAAAUAAAAUUAUAAAUAAACUUAAAAAUAAAGACGAAAAAUUAUAUUCAAAUUAUUAUAAUAUAUUAGAUACUUUAUUGAAUUUCCAUAUUGCAUUAUUUUAUUUCAAAGGUGAAUUUUAUUCAUUAUCAAAGAGGUUAUUUGGGUUAAGAUAUGCUUUUGGUCACUAUAAAGAACCUGAAAAAAUGCAAACUAAUAAUUAUUCCUUCUUAGGUGGGUUGAUAAUUGUUCAAUUUAUAGUUAAAGGUUUAAUCAAUUUGAAAAAUUACAAUAAUAAUGAAGCAAAAGACGAGAAACAAGUUGAAAUGACGGAUAAAAUUGAGAAUAUAGAUCAAUUAUCACAAAUAAGUAACAACUUUAAUAAAGAUUUAAUAAUAGAUUUAUCAGAUCCAAAUGAAUUAGCUUAUUUACCUGAAUCUUCAAGAAGUUGCAUGUUAUGUUUAUCACCAAUGGUUAAUCCUUCAGCUGCCAAUUGUGGUCAUUUAUUUUGUUGGGAUUGUAUAGUAGAUUGGAUAAGAGAGAACCCCGAAUGCCCAUUAUGUAGACAACAGUGUUUGGAGCAGCACUUGUUGCCAUUAAAAUAG